AUAUAAAUCCGUGACAGGUAGUACUGCGCAGUCAGUUAAAAAGUGCAACUCAAAGUGAACGUUUGUGUAACGUUUGAAGUAUCUACCAAGCAAUAUUAUACAAUAUAUACAAUACAAUAUUUCAUUUGUAAAACGAAUUAAAAGAUUUUUAACAAAAGAUUAACUGUAUUGAUAUGGCACUAGUAACGAGAGAUCUUUUCCGUAAUUGGUGGGAAGAUAUGGACCGUUAUCAUCGAGAAUUAGAAGAACAUUUUAAACGUCUCAGUACUAGAGAUGAUUUUUGGAAACCACCACCAAUGCCAUCCUUCAAUGAAUUUUUCCAACCAUGGAGGAAUAUGAUGGAACAAUUGGAACAUCAAGUUGGAGGUUCAACCACCAUUGAACGAGAUCAAAACAAAUAUCAGGUAAUUGUCGAUGUGCAACAAUUUGCACCAGAAGAAAUCACCGUCAGAACGGAUGAUAAAUGUAUUACCAUUGAGGGGAAACACGAAGAGAAAAAAGAUGAACAUGGUUACGUAUCAAGACAUUUUGUGCGUCGAUAUAUGCUUCCACAAGGAUAUGAUAUUGGCCACGUUAAACCAAGUUUGUCAUCUGAUGGUAUUCUUACUAUUACUGCUCCAAGAUUAGCUCUGCCAGCACCUGGAGAAAGAAUUAUACCGAUCGAACGAAGUAAUGCACCAGCUAUUAAGGCAGCAUAAUUUGUAAAUAAUAUCAUUUAAUAGACUCUUAUAUAUUUAAGAUUCAUUAUAUACAAUUUAUUUUAUAACUUUUCUUUCUGCAUACUUCGAAAUUCGUUCGUUUAUAUUAAUUUAAUUGUCAAUAACAAAUAAUCAUAUAUAUAUAUAUAUAUAUAUAUAUAUAUAUAUAUAUAUAGAAUUG